ACGCACCAGAGAUAAAACAGAGCACAGAUAGCAGCGUUAGCAUAGCCUUUGUUAGAAGGCAGUUUGAAGACGAGUUUAUAGGUUUGAUAUAUAUUUGUACAUUUGAGUGUUUGUAGCAACAAUGUCUUCAGUUCAGCCUAAGAGAAAAUGGAUUAACGAGCAGUUAACUCCUGCCGAAGAAACAGAGUUUAAAGAAAUCAUGGAUAAUCAGCGCAGACUGCUGGAUUUCUCCCGAUCACCCCUGAUAAUCUUACACCGAAUAGAUCUUCCACAAUGCUGUGUAUGUAAAAAGGAGGAGGUUGUCACUGAGCUCAGCAACCAGGAUGGGGACUUCACUUUAGAUCAAGAAAAAACAGAACCUUUGGUGAUAAAAAUAGAGCAAGACGAACCAGAGCAUCUGGAGAUAAAACAUGAACAAGAAGAACCAGAGCAUCUGGAGAUAAAACAUGAGCAAGAAGAACCAGAACAUCUGGAGAUAAAACAUGAACAAGAAGAAUCAGAGCAUCUGGAGAUAAAACAUGAACAAGAAGAACCAGAGCAUCUGGAGAUAAAACUGUUCAAAGUGGAAGAGAAUAAACCCUUCUCCAGUCAGGAUGAAGAGCAGCUUGUGCUGAAACAGGAGACUGGAGACAUUUUGGUGACUCCUUCUAAUGUGCAAAGAAUCAACAAUGAAACAGAACCAAACAAGAACCAAAAAAUGCUAAAGAAAAGUCACCAAGACCAAAAUUUAUUUGCCUGUAAAAUUUGUGAUAAAACCUUUUCCUAUAACAGUAACUUGACUAAACACAUGAGAAGUCACUCAGGGGAGAAGUCUUAUUCAUGUAAAACCUCAAGAAAAAGUUCAGAUCCUGACUUUACAACUCAUAAGGGAAAGAAGCUUUCCUCAUGUGUUGUUUGUAGCAGAAGUUUCAGGAACAAAAGUAAUUUAAAUAAUCAUAUGAAAACUCACAAACCUAAGAAGACUUUCUCAUGUAUAAACUGUCCAAAAACAUUUAAUCAAAAAAGCAAUUUAACUACUCACAUGAGGAUUCACACAGGCAAGAAAGCUUUCUCUUGUGUGACCUGUGGAAAAAAAUUCAGAAACAAAGCUCAUUUAAUUUCUCACAUGAGAAUUCACACUGGUGAGAAGCCUUUCACAUGUAUGACGUGUGGAAAAAGUUUCACUCAAAUAGGUCAUGUAGGUGCUCAUAUGAAAAGUCACACAGGUGAAAAACCUUUCACCUGUGUGACUUGUGGAAAACAAUUUAGGGAAAAAAGGGGUUUGAUUUCUCACAUGAGAAGCCACACAGGUGAAAAGCCUUUCUCAUGUGGGACCUGCCAAAAAAGUUUUUUCACAAAAGAUGGUUUAUCUUGCCACAAGAGAAUUCACAAAGGUGAGAAGCCUUUCUCGUGCAAGAGCUGUGAAAAAACAUUCACCACUAAAAGUUGUUUAGCUUCUCACAUGAUGACACAUACUGAUGAGAAGCCUUUCUCAUGUGGGACCUGUGGAAAAGGUUUAAGUAGCAGAUCUCAUUUUACUUAUCACAUGAAGACUCACACUGGUGAGAAGCCUUUCACAUGUUGUACUUGUGGAAAAAGCUUCAUUCAAAAAAGUCAUUUGGCUACUCAUAUGAAAGAUCACACGGGCGAGAAGCUUUUCACAUGUGGGAUCUGUGGAAAAGAUUUUAGUCUAAGACGCUGUUUAACUAUUCACAUGAGAACACACACAGGUGAGAAGCCUUUCACAUGUGGGACCUGUGGAAAAGGUUUCUCUACAAAAGAUGGUUUAAACUCUCACAUGAGGAUCCACACAGGUGAGAAACCGUUCUCAUGCAAGUGGUGUGAAAAAAGCUUCACCAAUAAAACCAAUUUAACUUUUCACAUGAGAAGUCACACAGGUGAGAAGCCUUUUUCAUGUACAACAUGUGGAAAGAAUUUUAGGGUAAGAAGUUCUUUAACUAUUCACAUAAGGACUCACACAGGUGAGAAGCCUUUCUCAUGUAUGACUUGUGGAAAGAGUUUUAGUGCAAGAAAUUGUUUAACUAUUCACAUGAGAACUCACACAGGUGAGAAGCCUUUCUUAUGUGUGACAUGUGGAAAGAGUUUUAGGGAAAAAGGGGCUUUAACUUCUCACAUGAAAAUUCAUACAGGUGAAAAGCCUUUCUCAUGUGAGAUCUGUGGAAAAUGUUUCACCAAUAGAAAGAGUUUACCUGUUCACAUGAGGACCCACUCUGGUGAGACGGCAUAAUGUGAACCUGAAGUACCAAGUUGGUCUGUAACUUAACUGGCAGACUAGCCAGCAGCAAUUAGCUGCUGGCUAGUCUGCAAAUUAGUUAGCAAAUUAGUUAGCAAACACCUGGUGGAACUGCACAUCUGUUGAGCUAUUUCUUGGUACACUGCUAGUAAAAAUGCUGUUGAAGGUUUUAUAGUGGGGUGAUGUUAUGAUGACUUCCUGAAGACGGUGUUUCAGAAGAAGCAAGAGUUUCAUUGAAAGAUGGAGGUCCAAUUUCAAGGCAUUAAAUUACAAAGUCUUUUUUUUCCUAUUUGGUGUGUAUAUAGCAUUUUUAUAACAAUUGAAGGUAACAUAGAUGCUCGAUUGUGUUAUAAAAUCGCACUAUAUCCCUGGAAAACACAUAAUGUUGCCCCUUUUAAAAUUGAGCAUCUUGGUUUCCAAAGGUUUUCUUCUAGCCCCCCCUAUGGAUUACAAUAAAAUCCCACCCAAAAAAAGAAAAACAAAUCAACUGGGCACACACAUCGUUC